GGGUCAGCGCGGGGUCAGAGUGGGUAAUGGCGGCUCCGGCUGCGGCCUCGGGCCUCGCGCUGCUGUGCGGGAUCGGCCUGAGCGAACAGAAAGCGAAGGAAACCUUGAGGAACCAGGCGCUGAGCGGCCUCCUCAUCCAGGCCAUCGAGCAGGCACAGGCGAUUUUGGGUUCUACGCCAGACAAAGCAACAGGCACACUUCUGUAUAAUGCAGCCACUCGGCUCAAGGACCAGACUCACAUGGGCUUCCUGGUCAAGUACAUUGCAAAAAAGGAAGUGACCUCAGACCUACAGCUCAAUGCUUCUCUCGAUUAUAUUAAAAACCAUCAGCUGGGUCCAAUUGACAGUGCAGACUUUGAGAGAGAAUGUGGAAUUGGAGUAGUGGUGACACCGGAACAGAUUGAGGAAGUGGUUGAAGCAACAGUCAACAAGUACAGAAACCAGCUCACGUUGGACCGAUACCACUUUAAUAUGGGGCUAAUAAUGGGUGAAGUGAGAAACAAACUGAAGUGGGCAGAUGGGAAGAUUAUCAAAAAUGAAGUGGAUCUCCAGGUUUUGAAUUUACUGGGUCCAAAGACUGAAGCUGAUCUGGAAAAGAAGGCGAAGGCUCCAAAGCAAAAGGCACAAAAAGUGGCAACAGAAAGCAAAGAAGAAUCAACAAUUAAUGGUGAAGUGGAGGUGCAGUCUGCCUCUCUCAUGGAACAGUUGCGUGGAGAGGCAAUGAAGUUCCACAAACCUGGUGAAAAUUUUAAGACUGAGGGUUACACUGUCACUGCAAACACCAUGGGCUUGUUGCAGCAACACCUGAAAUUUACAGGAGGCCAGGUACGAACACGGUUUCCACCAGAACCCAAUGGUAUUCUCCAUAUUGGCCAUGCAAAGGCCAUCAACUUCAACUUUGGCUAUGCUAAGGCAAAUGAUGGGAUCUGCUUCCUUCGCUAUGAUGACACAAACCCAGAGAAAGAGGAGGAGAAAUAUUUCCGGGGCAUCAGGGACAUGGUGGAAUGGUUGGGUUACAAGCCGUAUGCUGUCACCCACGCUUCUGACUAUUUUGGCCAACUGUAUGAUUGGGCGGUGGAACUCAUUAAAAGGGGUCAGGCAUAUGCAUGUCACCAGAAGGUGGACGAGAUCAAGGGACAUAACCCACCCCCAUCCCCAUGGAGAGAUCGGCCCAUCGAGGAGUCUCUCAUUCUUUUUGAGGAAAUGCGAAAAGGGAUGUUUGCAGAGGGUGAGGUAACUCUUCGUAUGAAGCUGAUUAUGGAGGAUGGCAAGAUGGAUCCAGUGGCUUACAGAAUCAAAUACACCCCACACCAUCGUACGGGAGAUCGCUGGUGUAUCUAUCCCACGUAUGACUACACACACUGUUUGUGUGACUCCAUUGAACACAUCACACAUUCACUUUGUACCAAGGAAUUCCAGGCUCGACGGUCCUCCUACUACUGGCUGUGUAAUGCUCUGGACCUGUACUGUCCUGUACAGUGGGAAUAUGGACGGCUGAAUCUGCACUAUACAGUCGUAUCAAAAAGAAAGAUUAUCAAGCUGGUAGAGUCUGGUAUUGUAAGGGACUGGGAUGAUCCCCGAUUGUUUACACUGACCGCACUUCGUAGGAGAGGCUUCCCUCCUGAGGCAAUCAACAGCUUCUGUGCAAAGGUUGGGGUAACAGUUGCUCAGACAACAAUGGAACCUCAUCUGCUGGAGUCAUGUGUACGAGACAUUCUAAAUGAGACAGCACCUCGGGCAAUGGCUAUUCUUGAACCACUGAAAGUGAUUAUUACAAACUUCCCAUCUGACCAGCCACUGAAAAUCUCUGUUCCAAACUUCCCAGCAGAUGAAAAUAAGGGAUUCCACACGGUGCUGAUCACUUCCACCAUCUACAUUGAGCAGUCUGAUUUCCGGGAGGUGACAGAGAAGGGCUAUAAGCGACUGACCCCUGAGCAAUCAGUCGGACUGCGACAUGCUGGCUUUGUCAUCUCAGUGCAGAGAGUUAUCAAGAAUAAAAAUGGGAAAGUGGUUGAGUUGGAGGCAACUUGCACGAAAUCGGAGACUUCUGAGAAACCGAAGGCCUUUAUUCACUGGGUGUCAAAUCCUCUCGUCUGUGAGCUACGACUUUAUGAGAGACUCUUCCUCCAUAAAUGUCCUGAGGACCCCAGCGAUGUGCCAGGAGGCUUCCUCAGUGAUAUUAACCCAAACUCCCUGAAGAUUAUUGAAGAUGCAAUGCUGGAUGUAUCUGUAAAAAAUGCCAAGGCAUUUGACAAGUUUCAGUUUGAGCGUGUUGGCUACUUCUCUGUGGAUCUGGACAGCACUGACCAGAAGUUGGUGUUUAACAGGACUGUGAUGCUGAAGGAGGAUCCUGGAAAGAUCUGAAGUGCUACAUGUCCAUAUGACACUUGAGUUCCAUCCAGAUGCUUCAAUCUUUUACCAAACGUCAUGGUGUUUUCCUGGCCUUGCUGCUGCUGACACGAGUGAUGGAGAAACUCACUUCCUGUUCCUUGCCCAAAAAAUUCAAAAUCAGAGUUCAGCGUUCAAGUUGAAGCAGUGACAACUUUUCUGCUUUCAAAUGAUCUACUCUUUAUUAAACUCGGAUAGUCAGCCCCUUCCACUCCUGCCCCUUUUGCUGACGUUGCUGAACCCAGCAGAUUUAGCUCUGGCUGUGAUCUGGAGUGAAACACAGACAUCAAGCUGCAGAAAAAUGAACCAACGUAAAUUGAUUGUACUCUGAUAAAUUUUCAUAAAAAUCUCAGAUAUGGAGAAAUGAAAAGGGACAGUGCUAGAAAUAUGCAGCCUGUCAGUUAAUCCUGAGAUAGGUUCAUUACCUUGUCAAGUGUUUGGAACAUUUACUCAUCUUUGGCUGAUCGCUGAUGUGUGAUGUCCUGAACCUGUUCCGUGCUCAGCCAUAGCCAAGAGCAGUCAGAAUGUUUGUAGCACCACAGUGCAGUGUCCCAGGGUUACCUCUGUCAGUGCCCUAAGGAGCUUGGGCACAAAGGGGACAGUUUACAGUCAGUGACUGGAGUGGCAGCUACAGAUAUUGCCUGUUGCAAGUUGUUUGGACACCUCAGGUAUUUGGUCACACUUGUUCUGACAUUUCUAGUUAAGUGUGAGCUGGAAGAGAGUGCCUUGUACUGCACUCCAUUUACCAUUUAAACAAAUGGUUUGAUUCUCUUGCAGACAGAGUGCUGAUGAAUUCAAUAAGUGAAUGAUUGAUGGUCAUUAUUUGGGCCCCUGUGAUUUGCAAUGCUGGUGAGAUGUCACAUCUGUUUCGUUUACAGUGGAUUAGAGCACAGAUUUGCCUUGGUGUCAGGGGUACAGUUAAUACAUAUAAUUGUGCCAGGCACAAUUCACCCUCAUGGGCAAUGUCCAAUCAUGCCUUAAAACUAGUUUCACUGCUGUCUCAAAACUAAAAUAAUUAUUCCCGUAAAACCCGAGUAAUCAAACUCUUCCUCUUCCUCUCUCUUGAUCCCUCUAUUUCCUCUCUUUUCCCCUCCUCACCCCCCGUCACUUUUGCUCCGGUGCCCUCACCUCACCAGUUCCUUUCUAUUUCUCUCUCUCUCUCUCUCUCUCUCUCUCUCUGUCUUCCCCAUCACUUCCUAUCCCCUUCUCUUUGUUUACCCUAUUGGCGUACUCCCUUUCUCGCUCUCUCUGCUCUGGCUCUCGCAUCCCCCGUUUACUUCCACUGUUCAACUCAAGCUAUCAGAAUGACAAGGAUUAAUUUUGGGCUUUGUAACAGCUUUACUGAAAUAAAAAGGAAUUUUAUGCUGCC